AUGGUUCGUACCCGGAUUGUCUGUAUUUCAGAUACACAUGGCUAUGGACCGCCAGAUGGUGCUUUCAAACUGCCGAAAGGCGACGUCUUGGUCCAUGCUGGAGACCUUUCGAAUCAAGGAACUCUAAGCGAACUACGAAAAACAGCUGAAUGGAUUGAGCGCGCGGAUUUCGAAGUGAAAAUCGGACACGCUAAUAUGAUUUCGAACAUGUCUGAAGGUAACCACGACAUCACCCUCGACGGUAAUUUCUACAAGCGACACUGGCAGUCGUUUCACAACCAAAGACGGGAGUCGGCAGACGAUUGUCAGGCUCUAUUCACCAAAUCUUCCAUCGUUUACUUGAACCAUGAAUCCGCCGUUAUCCGACUAUCUAAUCCGGGUGGCCCUCAAUCAAUAUUCAAAAUAUUUGGAUCUCCGUACACCCCUUACUGCGGGAAAUGGGCGUUUAGUUACACUUCCGAAGAAGCUUGUGGCAUCUGGGAUAAGAUACCGCUAGAUACCGAUAUCGUUUUGACUCACACCCCGCCGCGGUCCCACUGCGAUGAGAAUAGACACGGCUCGCUCGGUUGCGAGCAUCUGCGUCAAGCGCUGUGGAGGGUGCGACCACGAUUAGCUAUCUGUGGACAUGUCCAUGAAGGACGAGGGUACGACAGGGUUCUGUGGGAUAUCGCACUCCAGAGUGGUGAAAGAUUCAAAGAGCUGAGUUCGGUUCGCGGAGAACUACCUCCACUCAACAGCAAAAAGCAAUGCCUGAUCGAUCUCACGGGGAAAACACAGCCUCGUCUUCGAAAUGAUGGUCCUUUGGGAUCGUCAUCUCCGACGCUGCGGGCAAAUGAUGAAUCGCAAGUGGCAAAAGGUGCCGGGACUAUACCGGGAAGGAACGAGACGUGUAUUGUCAACGCCGCGAUUAUGGCAACGAGCUGGCCGCACCGGGGUGGUAAGAAGUUCAAUAGCCCCCUGGUCGUGGACCUGGACCUACCAGUAGCUGGAUAG